AUGGUCUAUCCAGAAACUUUAGACGACGUUGAUGUUUUGGCACAUACUGUUUAUGGUGAAGCACGAGGUGAACCACCAGAAGGUCAAGCGGCUGUUGCCUGGGUUAUUCGAAAUCGAGCUGCUAAAGGUCAUGACUAUUUAGGUAAAACAAUAAAAGAUGUAUGUCUUAAGCCGUAUCAAUUUUCAUGUUGGAAUCUCGGUGAUGCUAAUCGACAAAAGCUUCUUGAGUUACAAAUCGAUGAUAAAUCAUAUCUAAAGAUUCGUAAAAUAGCGGAACAAGUAUUAAAUGGAACCCUACCUGAUAACACAAAAGGUUCAAUACAUUAUCAUGCGAACACUAUCAAGCCUAAUUGGAAAAGAGGCAAAAAUCCAGUGGUUACUAUUGGCAAUCAUUUAUUUUAUAAUAAUAUCGAUUGA